CUUCUAAAUAGCAAAAGAAGAUAAAUAGGUCUGCACACUAAGAGAGAAUAUGAGAACCUCAAUUGGGGCGAGGCAAGGGCCUCGACUCAUCUAUGCUAUAGCAUUUUGCAUAGUUGCUUUUAGUACUUUUGCUAGUGCUGAUGAUGAUAAGCCUUACUAUGGAGGCCAAUAUCCAUACAACAACUAUCCCCAACCACCAUACACUUACAAACCACCUCCAUAUAACAAUUAUCAAUCUCCACCCCCAUAUGCUUACAAUUUCCCCCCAUAUAAUUAUCAAUCUCCUCCUCCUUAUGACAAUAAAUUCCCUCCAUAUUACUAUAAAGCUCCACCAGCUCCUUAUGUUGACAAAUUUCCUCCAUAUUAUUAUAAAUCUCCACCAUCUCCUUAUGUCGAUAAAUUUCCUCCAUACUACUAUAAAUCUCCACCUCUACCAUCUUCAUCACCACCACCUCCUUAUGUCGACAAAUUUCCACCAUAUUACUACAAAUCUUCUCCUCCACCAUCUCCAUCGCCACCGCCUCCUUAUGUCUACAAAUCACCUCCACCUCCUCCAUAUAUCUAUAAGUCACCACCUCCCCCACCAUAUGUCUAUAAUAGUCCACCACCUCCAUAUGUUUACCAAUCACCACCCCCUCCACCAUAUAUUUACAAGUCUCCUCCCCCACCAUCACCGCCUCCUCCAUAUGUCUACAAGUCACCACCUCCUCCACCAUAUGUCUAUAAUAGUCCACCACCUCCAUAUGUUUACCAAUCACCACCUCCCCCACCAUACAUUUACAAAUCUCCUCCUCCACCGUCUCCAUCACCACCCCCUCCAUAUAUCUACAAAUCACCACCUCCUCCAUCUCCUUCUCCUCCACCUCCAUAUGUAUAUAUUAGUCCACCACCUCCAUAUGUUUACAACUCACCACCACCACCAUCCCCUUCACCACCUCCUCCAUAUGUCUAUAAGUCACCACCUCCCCCACCAUAUGUAUACAGUAGUCCACCCCCACCCUCACCACCACCUCCAUAUGUCUACAAAUCUCCUCCUCCACCAUACUCCUCUUCUCCCCCACCAUAUGUUUACAAGUCUCCACCCUCUCCAUAUGUUUAUGAGUCUCCACCAUAUAUCUAUAAACCCCCAACACUACCUCCCUAUGUAUAUAAAUCACCUCCUCCAUCCUACAUCGAUGCACCACCAUCUCGUCCAUCUUAUUCAACACCUCCAUACAUUUACAAAUCUCCACCAACACCAUAUAAUCCUUAUCUAUAUACUUCUCCUCCACCUCCAGUGUACUAAACAUGAUAUUUUUUAUUUUUACUUUCAGUAAUUUUACUUUCAUAAAAAUUGUGUGGUUUGUAAUAAAUUUUCAUUUGUAAUAAACGUUUACACUAUAUAAAAUACUUGGAUUCUAAGUUGUA